AUGGCUUCUUCAAGCUUCAGCUUCACAGAGCACUGGCUUCUGGUGGCUGCCUCGGCGCUCAUCUGUGGAUCCGUCACCUACAUUAUCUACGACGCCGUCAUGGCCACCGCCUCCGAGCUGCUUCAACGCCUUCUCAUGAUCUCGCCGCUGCUGCUGAUCAUUGUCGUUCACUGCCUCUCCUCAGGUACUCAGCUCAACUUUCCCAUGCCGGGAUCUGAACCCGCGGCCAUCCACCGUGCCGGAGGCUCCCCCUGGGGCGUCGCCUUCGUCCUUCUUAUUCUCUUCGUCCUUAUCUCCUACCAGCCCUCAUUUCUCAGCCUCGUUUCCUAGCUCUCUUUCUCUACCUUGCAUGUUUUCAUGUGCUCCUGUACAUUCAGUGUUCAUGUCGCUGUAAAAAAUUAU